AUUUCCUCAACCCCGAAGUGGAUAGUUGAUGAGAGUUGAAUUUUGUUUUGUGGUUGCAAGAGCGGGUUGUGUUUUGGUUUUAAACAAGUUCCGGAAACUUGCUUUUCUGUUUCAUAAUGGCUCGACGAUAUGACACAAGAACAACAAUAUUCUCACCUGAAGGCCGACUCUACCAAGUGGAAUAUGCUAUGGAAGCCAUCAGCCAUGCAGGUACUUGCUUGGGUAUUUUAGCCAACGACGGCAUUCUCCUAGCUGCCGAAAGACGUAAUACCAAUAAACUGUUGGAUGAAGUGUUUACUUCUGAAAAGAUCUAUAAACUUAACGAUGAUAUGGUAUGUAGCGUGGCGGGAAUAACUUCAGACGCAAAUGUGUUAACCAAUGAACUUCGUCUCAUUGGACAAAGAUACUUAUUUCAAUAUGGGGAGUCCAUCCCUUGUGAACAACUAGUGUCGUGGCUUUGUGACGUUAAACAAGCUUAUACACAAUAUGGAGGUAAACGUCCAUUCGGUGUGUCAAUUUUGUACAUGGGGUGGGAUAAGCAUUAUGGAUAUCAGUUAUACCAGUCAGAUCCUAGUGGAAAUUACAGUGGCUGGAAAGCUACUUGCAUUGGAAACAACAGCGCGGCUGCCAUAUCCAGUUUAAAACAGGAAUACAAAGAAGGUGAAAUGACUUUGAAUGAAGCAAAGAACUUAGCUAUUAAAGUUCUAGUAAAAACAUUAGAUAUGACAAAACUAACAGCAGAGAAAGUUGAAAUGGCUACCCUCAGUCGUAUCGAUAAUAAAACUGUUAUUCGUAUUCUUACAAGUAAGGAAGUUGAGGCGCUAAUUAAUCAGUAUGAAAAGAAAGAAACUGAAGCUGAAGCUUUGAAAAAAGAACAAAAAGGUGCAUAGUAUGUUGCAGUGUAUUGAAAUAAAUAAAUUUUUAUUUGAGUUAUUAAA